GGGGGGGGGAGGAAACUCCGCAUUGAGUGUCAGGCCGGGUGAGGAAGGGAGUUCAAGGGGAGACACUCGGGAGUCGCUACCUACAGGCGGGAGCAACCCAGCUAGAGCCGGGGCGGCUGGCUUUCUGCCCUUCCUCCUGCCUCUCUCGCCUUUCCAUUCCCCCCCCCCACCGCUUUCCCUCCCGGCUUCCCACGGAUACGAGCCAGCGAGCUGUAUUGGCAGAUUUACCACCAGGAGUCUUUAAACUGGAGACAGGGAGAGGACAUCCUUCAAAUCCAUAUCCUGGUAGCCGAUGAUGCAGGCAUUCAAGGACUCUUUCCCAGAGCUGCUAGGCUUCUCUAAGAGCUCUGGCACUUCUUCGCUGCUAAACGUGUCCAAUUAAUCCACGUGGGAAUGUGCUUGCAGAGGGGGAGAGGCCCAGUCCGAUCCGUUUAUAGCUCAGCUGCUGGCAGGGGGGAACAGGUCCUUAAGCAGUACUAAGAAGGAUGGAGCCACAAAAGAAUCUGCUGGGCACGUGCUCUGAUGCACUGAUUUGACAGUGUUGGAUUGUAGACUCCUUUAUUCCAGAGUGGCUGUGGCUGAUGUUGAAAGCCACAGUGCAUGCUUGCGUGCUCAUGGGAUGAAAAGACAGCAUUGAUUUUCAACGAGAUUAUGCAUCUGAUUGGAAAGUGGUAACUCUCAGUCCAAACUGGGCUUGUGAUCAGCAUGCUUUUGUCAGGGAUAACAAAGCAGCAGAAGCACCAGCGCCCAAAUUCUCUUGGGGGACAGCAGCCAGAAAAGCCAGAUGAGAGCUUCAGGUCCAAGAGCUUGCCGGUUCUGAAUGGAUCUGUUCCACCGAUUAACACCUCACAAAGUGCUCUCAUUACAGCCAAAAGGAACUUACAGAGCUUCCAGGGGGGUUCUGAUCAGAGAUGUGGCCUUGACCCUGACACAUUAGCACAUCGCAGCAAUGUUGCUGCUGCUGCUACUGCUUCUUCCAGGACUAUGUUCUCUUUUACAGCUUCCAGUUUUUCAAGAAUUGGGAGUUUUGCUGAAAGAACAGGCUGCAAUAACUCUGCCAGCAUUAGUAAAGGGGUUUCACCAGCUUCUACGCUGCUGGCAAUCCCAGGUAGAAAAUUUCUCAACGUAGUAUUGAUAGAUUCUAGGUUCUUUUUGGUGUGCAUGUGCUUCCUGACUUUCAUCCAGUCCCUUAUGGUCUCUGGCUAUCUGAGCAGUGUUAUCACCACCAUUGAAAGGAGGUACAGUCUGAAAAGUUCUGAGUCUGGGCUGCUGGUCAGCUGUUUUGAUAUUGGCAGCCUGGUGGUAGUGGUUUUCAUCAGUUACUUUGGGGGACGAGGACGAAGGCCUCUGUGGCUUGCUGUCGGUGGAUUAUUUAUUGCACUUGGGGCUGCCAUGUUUUCUUUACCUCAUUUCAUCUCUCCACCAUAUCAGAUCCAGGAAUUGAACUCUUCUGUCUCUAAUGACGGCUUGUGCAUGACUGGCAAUAACUCCAAAGACCAUGCGGAGUCGCCAGAGUGUUUCAGGGAUUCAGGUGGAAAGGACCACUCACUCUAUGUAGCUUUAUUUAUUUGUGCCCAAAUUCUCAUUGGCAUGGGCUCCACACCCAUCUACACCUUGGGACCAACCUACUUGGAUGACAAUGUCAAGAAAGAAAACUCAUCACUCUACCUAGCCAUCAUGUAUGUAAUGGGAGCACUUGGUCCAGCAGCAGGAUAUUUAUUAGGCGGAGUUCUUAUUGGGUUUUAUGUGGAUCCUAGAAGUACUGUUUAUAUUGAUCAGAGUGACCCUCGUUUCAUCGGUAACUGGUGGAGUGGGUUCCUCCUUUGUGCCACUGCAAUGCUUUUUGUCAUACUUCCAAUGUUUACUUUCCCCAAAAAGCUUCCACCUCGACACAAGAAAAAGAAGAAAAAGAAGAUGCACGUUGAUGAUGUUUCAAGUGAUGAUGAUAUUGUAAAAGAAAAAGCAAACAGUAAAAGUCAGGUAGACCAUGAAGUCCCUGCUUCAAUGGGAUUUGGAAAGAACGUUAGAGAACUUCCAAGAGCAGCUGUCAGGAUCUUAAGCAACAUGACAUUCCUUUUUGUGAGUUUGUCAUACACAGCCGAGAGUGCCAUUGUUACUGCUUUUAUUACCUUCAUCCCCAAGUUCAUCGAGUCACAGUUUGGCAUCCCAGCUUCUAAUGCCAGCAUCUACACUGGUGUGAUCAUUGUUCCAAGCGCUGGUGUUGGUAUUGUCUUGGGGGGCUACAUUAUAAAAAAACUCAAGCUCAGUGCAAGAGAGUCUGCAAAGCUGGCAAUGAUCUGCAGUGGUGUGUCUUUGCUCUGCUUUUCAACACUGUUCAUUGUUGGAUGCGAAAGCAUUAAUCUAGGGGGGAUAAACAUACCAUAUACUACCGGUCCUACACUCACCAUGGCACAUAGGAAUCUCACUGGGAGCUGUAACGUCAACUGUGGCUGCAAAAUCCAUGAAUAUGAACCUGUGUGUGGGUCAGAUGGAAUCACAUAUUUCAACCCUUGUCUGGCUGGUUGCAUCAGCAGUGGAAAUCAUAGCACAGGGAUAAGAAAUUAUACAGAAUGUGCCUGUGUCCAAAGCAGACAAGUUAUUACACCACCGACAGUUGGACAGCGCAGUCAGCUGAGAGUGGUGAUCGUCAAAACAUAUCUCAAUGAGAAUGGUUAUGCUGUGUCUGGGAAGUGUAAUCGAACCUGCAAUACACUCAUUCCAUUCCUCAUUUUUCUCUUCAUUGUUACGCUCAUCACAGCAUGUGCCCAGCCAUCAGCAAUCAUAGUAACACUCAGGUCUGUGGAAGAUGGUGAGAGGCCUUUUGCACUUGGGAUGCAAUUUGUUUUAUUAAGAACCCUUGCAUACAUUCCCACUCCAAUUUAUUUUGGAGCUGUCAUUGACACAACCUGCAUGCUGUGGCAACAGGAGUGUGGUGUGCAAGGCUCAUGUUGGGAAUACGAUGUGACGUCAUUUCGUUUCGUCUACUUUGGUCUGGCUGCUGGCCUAAAAUGUGUUGGAUUCCUGUUCAUUUUCCUUGCCUGGUACUCCAUUAAAUACAAAGAAGAGAAGCUGCAAAGGCAGAUGUGGAGGGGCUCAUCUAUCAACACAGUGAGUGAGGUGGUGGGGAACACCGGAGCUCAGCAAAACUAUGCACGGACUAGAUCCUGCCCCACUUUUAGCUCUCAAGGCGAACAUACUGAAGAUGCUGGUCCGUCACUAGGGAUGCAUUACAUAGCGCAGACCUAUCCUGGCCCCCUUACAGAAGCAAUAAAUGCCCCAGAUGAAAAGGUUUCAGAAGUACCCACUCCUGAGAUAUAGAGCCCUUUGGUAACCUCAAAUUUGGUUUGUUGGUCAGUUUUUAAGUAUGGGGCCUUUGGAAACACCCGUGCCUUCUUUUUCUUAACCUGAUCUGCAACAGAUAACAAACCAACAAAGCUUAAUGCACAGAGCCAUGACCUAUCUGAGGGCUGGAAACCUCAAAACAACCCAGGUAGCUCUUUCUUCCCUUUUUGGGAAGGGAGUUUUAAAACAUGUUUGUAAGUAUUUCAGCUGUGUCUGUUAAAUCCCCAAGUUCCAGGCAAGUGUUAAAAAAGGCAGAACUCAAGAUUGACAGAAAUGAAUAUCCAAAGUUACAAAACAAGUAAGGUAAUGCAUCCACAACUCCUGGACUGGGGAGGAGUAAGUAUUUAUUUUGACUUCCGUUUCAAAGCACAACUAAAACCAGUCUCAGCUAUGCAACUUGGAUUGGAUAACUUUUUUGUUCUGUGUAUCUAUUUUCCCUCCAAAUUUCUCAAAUCAUCUGAAUUAGAAAAGAGGGCAUUUUUGUUAUAUUUUAAAUAAAGAGUACUUGAAACCAUAGAACAGUUAAAUACACUGGUAUGGUGUGAAAUUCUAAGGCAUAAUAGUUUAAACCUGUUCAAUUCAUUUAAUUCUAGCAUGACGAUGUAGUAUUUUUUUGUUUAGCACAGAGAAUUAUAACCACCAGUCAUUUUAGUAUUAAUCCGUAGUAAUAUUAAAGCGUUUUAAAUAUGUGCAUAAAGAGCAGCUCGGUAUUUGUAUAUUCUUGCAAGAAGGAGAUAAUCUGCCACAGAUACUCUAAUACUGCUUUCACCAAUUCCACACCCAAGCUAUCUUAGAAUGAAUGGACACACACAAAAAGGAUGACCUUUUGGGGUUGUGGCAAUUUGAGAAGAAUCUCACAUUAAUUAAAGCUGGUGGAAUUGCACAGUGGUUUGCUUAUUUUGUCAAAUGAACAGAUCGCCAUUCACAUAUCUCAUCAUGCACCAAGUGUCAUUCUGAGUAUGUGAUAGUGCAAUUAAAUGCCUGUUUUGCCAUGUGGCCUGCUGUAACGCGCACUGAAUUCUUUCCAAUUCCCCAAGGGUGAAUGGUUGGGCAAGCGAUGCUUGGCUGUAGGACAGCCAGAGCUGGUCUCCCCUUGCUGCAGUAGUAGAGGAUACAUGUGUACAUAGGUUCCAAGGUAUGGAGAAACAGAGAUUCAAAAGCUACAUAUAUAAUAGUUGUGUGAUUCUUCCAUCUUCCGGUGGGGUGGUUUUUUGUGUGCCAACCAACCAGAGGUAGUCUAGAGUAGAGCACUGUCACUAGGACAAGAUGCUUAAUGCUUUCCCAUGUUUACUCAAAGAUUACACCUUCAGCUUCUCUCAUGCUGUUCUCCCUCUUGUCUUUUCCCGAUAGGUGGGGCAAUAGCUUGGAAGGGCAGUGGAUUUCUGAGUGGGCAUAUAGCAAGAAGGAAGAGUUAAGCAGCUGUGCCUGCUCUUCCUCCAUUUAACUUGGUUAUUUUUUUACUUUAUAUAUUUUAAAACUGUUGAUGGAAAGAAUCACACAGCUAAGUGUUGUAUAUAGUUUGAUCCAAAGUUCCAGGUUUUCUUGUUUUGUUCGAUUUAAAUUUAUCAAAUUUCUUUUGUUAUGCAUUCGUCUUUGUGGGGGUGUAAUUCCCAGAUAGUCUAUGUAGUAUAUUCCCAGUGAAAUGAAAAAGGCUUCUGAGUGUUCACUGAGUUUGUUGUUUAUGUCUUGGAAGUACUACAGGCGGUGCUGUUAUUGUAUCAAGGUAUUUGAAGUCAUAUAGGAUUUCUGUUGUGAUGGUUUUCCUUCUUGCAGUUAAAGAGCUGUACAGGGAAUUCUGUGCAUGCAGUGGGAUGUCGUAAUCCCACUUUGUGGAUGCAGUUGUCAGAGGUUCUAGGCAUUACAAAGAGGAAAUAUGAAAAGGACAAAUGUUUCAGGCCACAUUUCUAGCAGAAGAAAGCAUUAAGGGAAAUACUGUGAGAGAAAGUAAGAAGCAUGUGAGGUAAUGCGCAUAUAAAUGAUGCUAGUGGUUGCUAUGGCAUUGUGCAUAUGCAGUGCAGAUCUUCAAAACCCAGUUUGCAUUGAUGAACAUGUAAUGUGGAAGCAUAGUUAGUGAUGGCAAUGGAUUAUCAGAGGCACUGUGGUUCUGAAAGGUUGAGGAGGCACUCAUGUUCAUGAAGCUGGCUUCUGAUUUUGUGGUUUGCAGGGAGCCAGGGUUGCACAUGAACUAGCAGUAGACCUGUAUUUCAAGGAAAUGUGUUGAAAAUGCAGGUUUCAAGUCAAGUAAAUUGCCCUUCAGUCUGCAUUUUCCAAGUGGUGUGCAUGUCUGUGAAGAUUCAUGCUCAAGAGACCUUCACUGUCACUGUGAUUGUUGAAAGCGGUAGCAGGAGGUCUGGUCAUACAACUUAAUUGCUUCACAUUACUGUUCUUUUAUUGGUCUUCUUUGAUGCCACCCCUUUCAGAUGUGGAAGAAGGGGGACAACUCUUUUAGGGGAGCAAUGUAAUACUUCAAUUACAUUGAACCUCCCCCCUCCAACAGUGUUUUAAGUUCUAAAUAUUUUGAUAACAUUGUAUAUAGUGUAAAUGGAAGUAGAGAGCCAUAAAUAUUAAUGUAAAUACAUGUUUAUAGUUGUAGCAUUAAGCAUAUUUAUACAAACCUAAUAUUGCCUCAAAAUCUUCAAGUUCUUCUUCUAUCUACAAUUAUCAGUGUUGGUUUUACACCCUUGAAAUCUGAAAUGUUAUCCAAAGUUGCCUCCAACGUACUGCAUUAGUCUGAGCUUAUUUAUUUCAGAUCAUUGUGUCAUUUAUGUAUUUAUAGUGUGCGUUACUACUCUUGUAUCCUGCAAUACAUUGUCAUAAAACACAGGGUGUAAGGCCAGGACUUGUUCUAGGAGUGCUGUGACUGAACACUUCCAAAGCUCCCCACCCCCUUUUAGUAGAGAAAAUAAUGAAAGAUGCAACAGGAUUACCUUUUGAACUAGAUACAUACUGCCCUGGUGCUAAUGUGAUGAAGUAAUUCUUUCUCUGGCAUGAGAAUAUUUCAUACAAGUUUAAAUAGCUGCAUGUGCUUGCCUUCUGAAAUUCUUAUUGUUGUCUACAAAAGUGCACAUAAUUAUUGGUAGGUUGGGCACACACUUCUGCUCCACAUGUUGGUUGCCUGCCUGAAGUAGUACAAAAUUUAAACCAAUAUCUUUAGGUACUUUAGGCAUGAAGCAUCAACUGUUACUCAUUCUCUGUUGAUCUGAAAAUGUUCCUGAAAAUUCAGGAAAAGGAUAGUAAAGACACUGUGCUUCAGUUUUGCUAAACAGAUGUGAUAGGCAAGUUUUCAAGGUUUCUGUGGCAGAGAUAAAACACAUAUAUUGGUCACUUGAUAUUCCUUCUAAAUAGCCCCCGCAAUCAUUUGGUCAGGUUAAUACUGAAUGAACAUGGCGAUAAUGUCAGUGGAGACAGUCAAACUAUACCUUUUGGCUUCUGAACUUUAAAAAAGGUAGUACUCUCCUGCAGAACAGAGCAGUUAGCAAAGCUGUGCAGGAACCACAUAUGUUUGAGGCUUCCUGGAAAUAUGUAGUAAUUCUACCUGAGAGGAAAAUUGCAGGGAUUAAUUUAACUAGAAAUACUUCAAAAAUAUGCAAUUUUCAAUCGCUGUUAGCUUUUUAAAUACUUGGCUGCUUCUCUCUCUUCCAGACAAAAGGGACAUUACCAUUGGUUGUACUUGCAUGCAGUGGUGCCCCUCUCCUCCCCUUGUUUCAUUUUUAAAUUCUGCAAAGAUUCAUCAUAAGCUGACUACAAACCAUGGAUUAUGAUGCUGGUUUAGUUUUAAACCCAAGAUUCCUGGCUCAAACUAAAUUGUAUUGCUAAAUCAAAAUUCUUUAAAAAUGAAACAUGGAGAAGGGGCAAUAAGCUUCACUUGGACUCAUUGAGACCCAUUUCCGUAGUGCUAAACCGUGUUCCUGAAAAGAAAUAUAUGGUAUUAAUCAAGGGAGCAAGCUAGUUAAAAAGAUUAUACUGCAUAAAUGGUUUGUUUUUUUAAUGUGUCCAACGGGAAAGUGUUUAGCUGCUGUGCCUGUGGUAACAAAAAUGCAAUUUGAUGGAUACAGUAGGUUUCUUUUUAGUGAAGAUUUUUACUAAGACGUCCAUGGAACAAAUAACAGUUUUCCAAAGCUAUGUGCAAGGUCCUGUAAAAUAAACAUUAUGGGCAAAAUUUGUUGUAAACAUCUCUUUGCAAGUGAACCCCUUGGAUACUUCAACAUUUUGAAAUAAAAAUGGCUUCUCAGUG